AUGGGCGGCGCCCAUUCGCUCGCCACCACUGAUCCGCAGACCAAAGAAAAGGUUCGUUCGUACUGUAUGGGUGGAAAAUGCGUUUGGAAGUCCACUUUUGAAAGUUUUGAAAAAGCCAUUUUAAGAGGCUUCAAAGUGUCUUUCUUCACCUUUCUCAAGGCUCAAAAAGAUUCGAAUGGUAUAUCAAACGGAGCUAAUCACAGAGAAGCUUGAGACUUCAAAUUGAAAUGACCUUCGGUACUGUACUGCAAAAAUUUAUAGUGACUACUUCAGGGUUUCGCGUUUCAGUGGCCAUUUUAAGUCGAACCAGUGGCCCUCUACACUGUAGUAGAGUCUACAAGAGUCUGAAUGUUACUACUAGACGCAAAAUAGUGGCUCUCAUAGAGGUGGUUUCAGUGGCCACUUUAGGGUCCUUUCCAAGUAGUUCUUCAGGAAGCUCUUAAAGCUCUUAAAUCGCGCGAAUCGACACCAAAAUUGAGUGCACUAUCUUGAAAAGAUAAUACGGUAAACUGAAAAAACCUCUUCUUUUUGCAAACUGUUUAGCGAAAACCCCAUUGAAAAUUGCCUGGAGACAUUUAUCAUUAACUGUUUCCCAGAGAUAAUUACCCUGACAAAAUUUUGAGCAGCCAGAACUGAACCUCUAAUUUUCAUUUUUCGCCUCGCUAAUCCGCGGAGCGAAAUCUACUAGUCUUGAAUAUUUUUCAAAAAAAAAUUAUCGAAUUUCGAAAUUUUUCAUUACUCAUCAAGGUGGCAAGAAAAGGAGUCGCCUCCGGAAAUUCAUCAAUUAGGUCGCUUUAAAGAUCCCUUUCGGUGGUAGUUUUGUGGAUUUGAUUCUCAAAAAUUGUCACAAUUUACGUCUAUAUUAAACUCUUCUUUGUCGCAGUGAUUAUUCCUUUCAUCGCCUUGUAAAACUGUACCUGAAAAAAAAACUUCAAAAACCUAUAGACUUUGGUCCUUUAACUCCGAAAAUGACAGAAAGAUACGCAAUCUGAACAAAAACGACGUCAAAAUUGGCUCUUGAAAAUAUAUUUACGAGAUUUGUCAGUUUCAACUUUCAUUUCUUAAAUCCGGUCAUUUUUUACUGCUUGAAGAAGCCAAAAUUCUCGAUGAAUAGUGAACCUAAAGGGGUCUACUUUUGCAAGCUUAACCGGACCUACUAGGGGAAGGUUAAGUUUUCACUUAUUAUGAACCGUCGAGAGGCCCUCACCACUCCGAAGUUCCUAAGUAAGGGGUAGGAAAAGCCAGAAAGUCUUAAAAGUCAAACUGGUUGCGUAAAUCGUUCUGGACAUCUUCGAAGACAGUUCAAGUUCUCAAAAAAGAAACCCUACAGGUAGAGAAGCUGUUCCGGCAGAACAACCGCUCGAACCGGAGUCGUAGUUUGGACAAUCGACAGGCGCGGCCUCCGACGAGACCCGUCGGCGGUAGUCAUUCUGCCAAGUAUCCCAAGCAACGUUGUCUCACGAACUACGUUCCCAGAUACGAGGAAUCAGUCGACACAGGUUAGUGAGAAAUUUCACAUCUCCUCCAGCAAAUCGGACCUAGUUAGAACUUAUCAUAAUAGUUCUAUACAUGUCAUACAGUACCGCUCAAAAGUCUAUUAACUUUUGGUUUUUUGAGGAUAUCUCAGCGAGUACUCAUCCGAUUUAUAUAUAACUUUCAGGGAUAAUGUAAAAUAUACUUUGAAACAUAUACGGUAUACAAAGACAUGUCCGCAAUGACUGUGACGCGUUUUUAGGCAUUUUUUUAUUGAAUUCCAUUUUUGUUUUUUUAUGCUUUUUAUUUUUUUAUUUAUUUUUUUAUUAAAUUUUUUUAAAAUUAAUAAUGUUGCCAUAUGAUUUUUUUCAUGUUUUUCAGACAUGGGAAGAACCUUUGGAAAUAAGAAUUUGACUGAUAACGACAAAAGAGCCAUCGUUGUGGGUCGUCAAAAUGGACUGACCAUGAUGACGUUGGCAGGAAUGUUCGGCGUGACAAAGGCGGGCAUUUCUCAGUUCCUAAAGCGUCAGAAAGCUCAAGAUGGCUCUACUAACAGCCAACGCACUGGAAGACCACGUGUCACUGAUCGUAAUGACGAUAGGAACAUUUUGAAGACGUCUAGAACCAAUCCAAGACUCACCGCCCCUGCGAUCAGACGGGAAGUUUUCUUGAAUUCGCCAUCUCCGCCAUCCGUCUCGACCGUGAAACGACGUCUGAAUGCUGCUGGAAUCAUGGGAAGACGUCCAAAGAAGAAACCGCUGAUUUCUGAAAAGAAUCGAGUCGCCAGGGUGAAGUGGGCGAAGGAGCAUCUCAACUGGACCCGUCAAGACUGGAACAAGAUUCUGUCGUCCGACGAAACGGUCCUCCACCAUGUUUCACAAAGGGUAAUUGGUAUUUCGGAUGA